AGUAAUUAGUUGGAAGGACAUCGCCAAACAAUAGCUCUGUCAGCAUGGUGUCCGUCGCCGACUCGAUCACUGUGACCAAAACGUGGGUGAGCUCGUGCGACAGCGACAGCGACGAGAGCUCCCCCAGCUGCCCAGCGCCGGCCACGCCCUCCGAGGCCUCCCCGGCCCCCGACUCCGGCCGCGACAGCCCAUGCAGUGAGGAGCCCGUGAUGUCGGACGAGGAGCUGAAGGCAAUCUACAGGGAACUGGACUCCGAGUGGGGGAGAUGUGUGGGCCUCUACGUGCACGGGUCUACAAUCUUUGCCAACCACGUGCCCAAAGACUUGGACCUGAUCGCCAUCAUCGAGGAGCCCAAGAAGCCACUGGUCGCGGACACCCCGUCGGCCCAGUUCCUCUUUGGGCGCUGCGAGGUGUCGAUCUACACUCGGGAGGACUUCCUAACGAAGCUCCGAGCAAUGGACCUGACGAUGCUGACCUGCCUCAGCACACCUCGGCGCUUCGUGCUCAAAGAGCUGCAGGACCCCGCGCUGGUAGACUUUGAGUUGGACCUGGACGAGCUGGAAGACUCGAUUUUGUCCUAUGCGAUUUUUACCUGGGACAAAUGCAAGCGCGUGCUGGACGAAUCAAAGGACAACUACAAGGGCAUGAAGAACGCCUACUUUGCCUUUCGUGUCCUGAACAUGGGGUGUCAGCUGGCGGAUCAUGGCCGCAUCAUCGACCUGAAAGCCUCCAAUGGAAAGUGGGAAUGCAUUCAGCAACUAUUUACGGAGCUGAGCAUCCAGUCGGGGCAGUUCGUGGUGGUGGAGGCGGUGCUGGGCCACGACUUCGCACUGGCGUUGGCGGACUUCAAGCGCCGCGUGGACGCUAAAAGGACCAAGGCAGAGGCGGAGGUGCAGCUUCCGGAAGCCACGGAGGUUGCCUGCGACCCCUGCGACACCUGCGCCGUGUGCCUGGAACCUUGUGAUGAGGAUUCCGAUGGGCUGAGCGCGGCCGCGGUGCAGCUGGCCAACUGCCGGCACCGCUUCCACCCUGUGUGCAUCGCCAAGGUGCUGCGCUGCCGGCCAGGGCACCCGGUGUGCCCCAUGUGCCGGACACCGGUGCAGGUCCGUUCGGAGGAGUUUGCCACGCGCACCUCUCUCAAGCGGGAGUUGGACUCAGACGUUGGGCGGAGCGCGCCUGGUCGAGUGGGCAGGCGGUACGUGGGCUAUCCUGCCACAGUGCGGGUGCGAUGAUCCUAGCUGUGACAUACCCCCAUUUGUGUUUGAUAGCAGGUUGCGAACAUCCUGCUUCAGGCAGCAGAGAGUAUGCCCCACUGCGCCGCUACCAGCGCCACAGAAC